AUGCUGCCUACAUUACUAAUUCUUGUGGGGGCUUGGGCAAUAUUGCAAGCUGACUUACUUUCUGACAGAAGGAUUUUACUUCUACCACCUGUCAAUUUUACCAUUAAAGCCACCGGAUUAGCUCAAGUUCUUUUACACUGGGACCCAAAUCCUGACCAAGAGCAAAGGAAUGUUGAUCUACAGUAUCAUGUGAAAAUAAAUGUUCCACAAAAAGAUGAAUAUAAUACCAGGAGGGCUGAAAGCAAAUAUGUGGCCCCCCCUAAUGGCUUUGGAGCUAAUGUGAGGAGCAUCUUAUGGAGAAGCAACUCUUUCCUGGCCAGCAGUUGGGUUUCUGCUGAACUCAAAGCUUCACCAGGGUCUUCUGGAACUUCGGUUAUUAAUUUAACUUGCAUCACAAACACUGUCCUGAGCAGUCACACCCACUUAAGGCCGUACCAAGUGUCGCUUCGCUGCACCUGGCUUGUUGGCAAGAAUGCCCCUGAGGACACACAGUAUUUCCUGUACUAUAGGUUUGGUGUUUGGACUGAAGAAUGUCAAGAAUACAGCAGAGAUACACUGAACAGAAAUACUGCAUGCUGGUUUCCCAGGACAUUUAUCAACAGCAAGGGGUUUGAGCAGCUUGCAGUGCAUGUUAAUGGCUCAAGCAAGCAUGCUGCAAUCAAGCCCUUUGAUCAGUUGUUCACUCCACAUGCCAUUGAUCAAGUGAAUCCUCCAAUGAAUGUCACAGUUGGAAUUGAAGAAACUUCCCUUUAUAUCCAAUGGGAGAAACCAGUUUCUGCCUUUCCAGUCCAUUGCUUUAGUUAUGAAUUGAAAAUUUACAACACAAAGAAUGGUUACUUUCAGAUGGAAAAACUGGCCACCAACAAAUUCAUCUCAAAAAUUGAUGGGGUUUCUACAUAUUCCAUUCAAGUAAGAGCAGCUGUGAGCUCAUCUUGCAGAGUAUCUGGGAGCUGGGGCGAGUGGAGUCAACCUAUUUAUGUGGGAAAGGAGAAGAAGCCCUUGGCAGAAUGGCAUUUCAUUGUGUUUCCAGCAACCGCCUGCUUCAUCUUGUUAAUUUUCUCACUCAUCUGCAGAGUGUGUCGCAUAUGGAUCAAGUUAUUCCCACCAGUUCCAGCCCCUAAGAGCAACAUCAAAGAUCUCCUUGUGGUGACUGAUUCUGAGAAUGCUGCUUGGAAUGAAACCAAAAUUGAAGUUGUAAGUUGUGUGGAAGAAGCUGGAUUUGAAGUCAUGGAAAAUUCCGUGUUUUGAUGGCAUUGCAACAUUCUGAAUAGAAUUUAUACAGGACUCCAUUAUAAAAGCAAGGACUGAUAUUUCUUGGCAAGAAAGGACUGCAAAUGGAUAACAUUCAAUUUGGUUGCGAGGCAAUACAUCCAAACACACGAGUCUCCAAUGUCCCAUCUCUUAACAGGGGACAAACCUCAUCAAAGUCCCCUUGUUGACAGCAGGAAAAUGGGUCCAUCUGAAUACAGGCCUUGUUUUCCCA